AGUGACGAAAACCUGGACGCUCCCUUCUUUCUGGAAAAGUCGCCGCUCCGCUGUCUCCGGUUCGAGGAGCCACGCCCCUCCCGCGCGCGGACAUCCCCGGGUAGCGACUGGGGCGCGCGCUGCCUCUUCCUCCUCUCCGCCACACGUGAAUCGCGGCAGCAGACGAGACGCAAGACUUCGUAGCGAUUAAGCGACUCAAAAGCGUCCCAAGAAGUUCGCGGUGAACAGUUUUAGCGAUGACGGUAAAACAGAGGAACAAGAACGCAGCCAGCGAGAAAAACUCAAGUUCAAGCCCGGAUGACGUGGCAAAGAAGAGUUCGAAAAGCAGCCAUGGAGGAGGAGGAGGAGGAGGAGGUUCCCCCGUCCCGGUCCCAGGCCCUGCUCCUGCUCCUGCUGCGGUGUCCGGCGGCGGCGGCUCGGCCGGGUUCCUGGGCUCUCUGGUGGCCUAUCUGUUCCUGGCAGCGUCCGUGGGCUUUGCCGCGUUCCUUCUGCAACGGGUCCGAGAAGAAGUGGCUCAGCUCAGCAGCAAAAGUGACAUUUCCUUCCUCAGGAGCUCGGAGCUUGACGCUAAAAUGAAUGCGCUCCGACAGCAGGUGGAUGCCAUGAAGGAGACGGCAAGCGGGUAUGACUCCACCUUCAGCAACAUGAGAGCAGAACUCGACAGCGUGGGCCAGGUGCAGAGGAGAGGAGAAGCAGAGACACGACGGGUGGAGGAGGCACUGCAAAGGCUUCAGAAGGAGAUCUUGAAGGAUUUGUCUGAUGGGAUCCAGGAAGUGAAGCAGACGCGGCAGCGGGACUUCUCGUCGCUGGAACGAAGCAUAGACGAGCGGCUGGCCGAGCUGAGCGGCUCCAUCGGCGAGAGCGUGGCCGGGGUGGCUGAAGUGCAGGCCGAAACUCACAGCCAGCUGCAGGACCUGCGAGCACGGUUAGAGGGCCUGGCUGAUCCCGUGGCACUCAGACAGGAGCUGCAGGGUGUGGUCGCCUCCGUGGCCGAGCUACAAACUUCCACAGCGGCAGUAGGGAAAACCACAGACUCCCUGACUGAGCAGAUAAGCGCUGUGGGAGCCGAGCUGCAAACACGAAACAAGGAGGUGGCAUCUCAGUCUGAGGAGAUCGGGUCAGUGAGGGCAAUGGUGCAGAGCACUGCAGGGACACUCAGGCAAUCGCUCUCAGCAGUCGAAGUCACUGUCCAGGCUCUUUCUGACCAGACUCAAAACCUGCAAAUGGGCAUUGAUGGCGCUGCAGGGGGUCUCCAGAGCCUCGAGAGGGAGCUGCGAGGGGCACUGGAGCAAUCUGAGCGGAGCACUGAGGAUCUGCAGGCCAGGAUGAGGAUCGUUGAGGAGAGCACUGAUGCUGUUGCCGCCUCCCUGACAGAGCAGGCGGCCAAGUUGGAGUCCAGUCUGUCUAAAUACGAGUCUCAUGAAAACAGGCUAGCGGCGUUGGCGAGGGAUGCCGACAGUACUUUCGUAGCUGCGCAGAAGGAGGUCAGACAGCUUCAGGCUAAUUUACAGGAGGUGAACCACACGCAGCAAUCCUUGGGAAAUCUGUUAGGGGUGCACAAGACAGACCUGGCAGAGCUCCAGAGCACAGUGACUGCUCUGGACAGUAAGCAAACUGAGCUGGUCUCUAGGCUCUCCAGUCAGACUCAGCAGAUAGAAGACUGGGAGCAGAGGGUGGGUCUCUUGGGAGAUGAAAUGAGAGGGUCCCAGCUGUCAGAUUUGAAGGCCUCCGUUAGUCAGCUUGAGAGUGACCUGAAACAGCUCAGGACAGCAGUAGACAGCUUGGUAGUCCAUUCUGUAAAGGUGGAGAGGCACCAGGAAGCUAUUACAUCCCUGCAGAGAGACCUGGAGGAAACUCGGGCUGCUUUGAAAGCACAGUCAGGUGAGGGAGAGGGACUUGACAAAGAAUGAUGUGCGCAAUGAAAGGUGAUGCGGGAGAGCGGCUGCUGUGGGACGAUAUAGUUGUCUUGUUGGUCGAAGCUACUCCUAUACAGUACAUGUCUUCCAUUAAAGCUGGAUGCAGUGGUCAUCUCUUAAACCCCAUUAAGGAUUUGAGUUUUAAAUGGUUGUUUUUAUAAAUGCAAAGACAAGUCAAAAAGAAUCUACAAUUUUUUUUAA